AGAGCGAGCGCAGUGUCGCGUCGAACCUCUCGCUGAGCGCGUCGCACGAUAGCUUGUGUUUUUGUAGGAGAGUGAGAGAGAGAGAGAGAGAGAGAGCGAGCGAGCGAGCGAACGAAAGGGAGAGAGAGAGAGAGAGAGUGAGUGAGUGAGGAGAGGAAGAGGGCAUAGAGAGCUGCUGCUACAACUACCACAACUCCGUGCAGCAGUCGAGCAGACAGCCCGGCAGCGCCCGUCGCGUAGUAGUCUCCGUCGUCGUCGUCGUCGUCGUCGUCGAGUGCAUCAGUGUCGCCGAGAGUAUUCGCCGCCGACGUAGAUUCGGAGUUAGCUAGCUAGAGCUAGAGAGCUGUCAGAGAUCCGAGCGGCAGCGCCCACCCUCGUCGCGCGCACACACGCACACAUACACACACACACCCGGCGCACUCGGAGCUGUCCGACCGUCCCGUGUGCUACUACUGUGACACCACUCUCCGCUGUCAGCUGUGUGCGAGUGUGAACCCAGUGAACCCGAGAGCGAGCAGCCGAGUUUAAAUAUCGUGCUAUUCGUUCGUUCCCCGCCCAGGGGGUUGAGUUGUGUCGUCUCGGUAUAUAGCGUGUUGUGCGUCUGACAGCCCGGCCGGAAGACACAGUGUGUUGUGGUGCAGUUGUAUAUCAAAGUGCCGGUUACCUCGCAUCCCUGUGCAGCGCAGUGAACAGAAAGAGAGACCAGAUCGGCAGCACGUGUGUGGCGAGACAGUCGUAGUGUCAAACAGCAGCAUCGACAACAACAGCAGCGACAACGAGAUGGAGCCCCAGAGUCAAGAGAUCGUGGCGAGCGGAUCGCCGGCGGAGGUGCCCAACGACCCAGGGAAAAUGUUCAUCGGGGGAUUGUCUUGGCAGACUAGUCCAGAGAGCCUGAGAGAGUACUUCACCAAGUACGGCGACAUCACAGAGGUCAUGGUCAUGAAAGAUCCAACUACGCGACGAUCAAGCAGCGGUGAGCCCGCCUCAUCGUAUGUGGUGGACAGUACUGGCUGCAUGUUCACGCCAAGGGGUUUUGGAUUCAUCACAUUUGCAGACCCAGCGAGCGUGGACAAAGUUCUAGCUCAAGGCACCCACGAACUAGACGGCAAAAAAAUCGACCCGAAAGUGGCGUUUCCCAGGAGGACACAUCCAAAGAUGGUGACAAGGACAAAGAAAAUAUUUGUCGGUGGUUUAUCAGCACCCACGACGCUGGAGGACGUCAAAAACUACUUCGAACAAUUCGGCCCGAUUGAAGACGCCAUGCUGAUGUUUGACAAGCAGACCAACAGGCACAGAGGUUUCGGCUUCGUCACGUUUCAAAGCGAAGACGUCGUCGACAAAGUGUGCGAAAUUCAUUUCCACGAGAUUAACAACAAAAUGGUUGAGUGCAAGAAGGCGCAGCCCAAGGAGGUGAUGCUGCCGGCGAACCUGGCAAAGACGCGAGCAGCCGGCCGAGGUGCUUACGACUUUAUGUGGUCCCUGGGAGCAUUACCAGAUGAAAAUUGCGCCCUGUUCACAGGCUUCCCAGCGGCGUACGCGGCAUACGCGGCGGGCCGCGGCUACUCCGGCUACCCGAGCUUCGGACUGCCCUACCCAACAGGAGCGGUCGUGUACCGCGCAGUGGGACCAAGGGUGGGCCGAGUGUCUGUUAGCCCCAACGGGGGUUGCACCGUGGAUCUUACCAACGGACAGCUCACCCCGAACAACAACACACCCUUGCUCACGCAAGCUCUUUCUGUGAUGAACAACUACCAAGCAGCAGCACAGGCCGGCUUCCCACCAGCGUCGCCGCACGGUGCUGGUGGUCAUGGCGGACCCCAGGGCCGCUCCUUCCCUGCGGCUAACUCGCCUGGGCCCAUCGAUAUGUACAGUUCGAACGCGGCCGUAGCCGCGGCAGCAGCAGCAGCAGAUUCGGCAGUGGCCAGCUACGUCCAGGCGGCGGCCAGUCCACAGCCGCCCACCACCGCGUUCCCAGCGAUCGCCGUGUCACGCGCUCCGCUUAAUUACAGUCCCGGUCCUCUGAUACCAGCAGCAUUCACUAAUGGCUACCAUUGAGCCUUGUUAAGACCUAACAUCAGGAUGGACGAGAGGGCAGAGCGCAGCAUGGUCGACUGACGGCAUUAUUCAAUUCGAGCGACGCGAGAGCAGCAGCAGCAGCGGCUUGCGGUUAAUUAAACAAAAAAAUCUAUAUAUACACAUCGCGAGGAGCCGACCACGGGACUUGGUUUUCAACGCAUGGAGACGGUCGUAAUGCGCGAGAGCGAGAAGAGCAAUGGACAAAACAAAUCAGCGGGGGAACAGCGAAAUCGCAAGAAUCAGGCAGAGAAGGUUCGUUAUCGGUUAUUAAGAGGCAAAAAAAUAUAGAAGGCAAGAAGCUCUCGAGAAGCAACAACAGCAGCGUGACGAGGACGAGGACGACGAUCGGUUUCUGCUGAGACAAAGAGCAGCGUUCUCGAUGCUCGAAACCUCGCUCGCUUACCCUCGGAAGCCGUAUAUGCGUGUAGGAGUGUUGAUGAGAGCGAGAGGAAAGAGGACACGGGUCAACAAAGCAGUCGUUACGUGAUGAAAAGAGCGAGAAAGAGGCAAAUGCGAACAAGGGUGUUGGCGAGAGAAUGGCGUUUGUGCGGUGCGCCCAUGCUAAAAUGCACGCACGCGUAAAGUGAAAGGCCGAAUGGUGUGACGGAAUCGCGAGUAUAUACCAGGGGCGAAUGAAAGUGACGAACGAGACACGAAUGGACACGUACAUACACACACGCGGCUUUUUGAGGGAUAGAGUUAGUAGAGUCGAAACGAAUAACGUCACGUUGCAUUGUUUACACGAUAUACUUUAUACGUAUAUACACACACAAACACAUUGGCGAUAUACUACACACGACGAUCUUACGCUCAGAAAGCUAGACCCGCGAGAUGAAUCGAUGAUAGAGAAAAAGAAAGAUGAGAAAGUUGAGAGGAGUCUCCGCUGCGACCGAACCUGCGAUUUGGCGCUAGCCCGUUCUCCGACAUUAAUAAUUAAUAAUAAUAGUAAUAAUAUAAUAAUGAAUUAAUUAAUAACAACAAUUAUUAUUAAUUGCUGAAUAGAUAAGCGGCUGAUAAUAUGAAACGUGUGUGGAUAUAUAUUUGAUGGAAAAAAUAUUAACUAAGGAAGCAAGGUUUUAUGAAAAUAUAUAUGCAUACACUUCAACAAACAAGAAAUGAUAAUGAAACAAAAAAAAUAAUUGAAUAUUACAUAGAUAACGUAUGAUCUUAGCGGCUAAGCGGAAGACGGAAAAUACCGACUCACGUACGAGAAUAGCAGAGCAUGCAGAAAAUACAGUGAAACAGUAAUGGUCGUUUUAACGCGGUUCGUAUAAUCGAGAGCGAUAACUUUCGUGAACCUCAACCUACGAUAAUGAUAAUGAUGAAAAAAGAAGCAUCGAAAUACACAAACACUUACAAAACACAUAUACACAAAAACAAAAAUGUGCAUGUCCCUAACAUUGCAUCUCUAAAUAAAAAAAUUAUCUGAUUAUCGUUCACGUGCAAUUAAUGAUACAACGUUAAAUACGUCUGUAUGAGGGCAUGUAUUUACAUAAAUAUAUUCAUAAAACAGGUUAAAAUAGUUGGACUGCAAAUGAAAAGAAAAAAGAACAAAUAUUUAUGUGGCUGAGAAUCCUGGUAUAAUUAAUUGCUUUUUCGAGCUCUGAGACAUUCUCUUCGAUUCUUACAGAGAGCAACGUGGCACGGCAAGCGAUCCUUUACAAGGAUAACGAAUUUCAAUUAAGAGAUGGUUAUAAUUAUAUCAAAUUAUUUCAAAUAUAAAAUUUUGAUUAUGAAAAAUUCUGAAUUCAAUGAUUGCUUGAAGUGUCGGUAGCUUCUAAUCAAUCAAUAAUGGGGUGACAUUUAUUAAAUCAAUUGAAGAGAAAUACAACAACAAAAAACAAGAUGCGUAGCUCUGAUGAAAUUAUUGGAGUAAUGAUCCUUUCGACUUCACUCCAUACAUACAAGAUACCCAAUUAAAUGACUUUGCUACAAUUUUAUUAUUAUCAUUGCUGUACGGCUAUUCUUAAUUAUUAUUAUCGUUAAUAAUAAGACUACAUUUAUGAUUCUUAUUAUUAGUGUUAGUGCAAUACCACAUUGCAUUGUGUAAACAUUUUUUUCAUCAUUUUUAUCGUUCUAUAUUUAUUAUUGUACUGGAUUCAUGGCACUAUUAUUUAUGAGUUCGUGUAUUAAAUUUUUACAUAAUAGAUUUUUUACGGAUUCUAUUUAUACAUUCAUCAAACAGAGCAAAUAAUACCGGAAAAAUAACGAGAACUUUAAAAAUGAUACAGUACAUAUUCCUACUGUAAUUAAUUCAAUCGUUCGAAUGAGGAGAUCAAUACAACUUUCAUUGUCGCUCAUUUGACGAGGAACGUAUGCGGUAUGAUUAAACAGCUGUGAAAACCGAAAUCUGUUAUAUGCGUAUGCAUAGUUAAAUUAGAACUGUGUACGCAGUAAAAAGCCACACCUAUACCACUCUAAUUUCACAAAAUUUCAAUUUGCGGCGCUUUCGACAGCGAGUGACUGUUUGCCACGAAAAAUAUUUAUUCGCACGCAAGCGUAAGCAAAUCCAAAUUUAUAAGAAGUUUUGAGCGGAUAGUUUGUAAAACACUUUUUUACCGUGUGAUCAAGAGUGUAACCGUUGUAUGCGACAGUUAUUCAGGGUUUGGUAAUUAGAGUUUUAAUAAGUUAGAUAUUCAAACAACAAGAGUAAGGGAAAGCUUUCGGGCGUGGGAGAACGAUGGAUUCGUUUUGUUAUUACGCGAUUACUAUUCGACAGUUAUUAUUAACGUUUAUUAUGAUUAUUACGAAGUACUAAAAAAUUAAGAGGCAAAAAAAUUAAAAGUGAGAAAUUAAUGAAGUGAAUUUUACAAUAAAUAAAUUAAUAUAUGUGCGAUGAUUACGAUACGGUUAUAUUAUAUUCAACGACAGGGUAAACAAAAAAUAGAACAAUUUUUGGGACGCGUCUCGUUGAAUAGCAGCCAUUUUGUUUUUUUGCGCGUAUAUUUAAAGUUUUGAAGAAUCGUGAAUACGCGUUAAAACAAAGUCAAUUUUUUUAGCACCAAAAGAAACGCUUAAGAUGAAAAACAGGAUAGGAAACGACACCUAACAAAAUUUUAAUUACAGACUCAGGUAGAAAAAUGAUGACAGAAUAAAAGCGUACGUGUAAAGAGUUAUUUCGUGUCUUUCGCUAAUAAUGUAUGUUUGUGAGUCUAAAAGAAUAUAAUAGUAAAUAUUAUUAAAUUGUAACAGAAAAUGCAAUUGCAAAAUUUUUAGGCAAAAAGUUAAGCGUUGUUUUCAGUUUCAGGUCGAAUCGAAACAAAAUGGUAGCUAGUUCUGUAAGUCCCAGUGCUAACAAUAAAUUCUUGUAAAAAUUAUAUGUGUCGGACCAAAAUGGUAUCCAGUGAUGUCAUUUGCGAUGAUUAACUUAAUUACGAAUGAAAUAAACACACGCAUACUCAAUUUAAUGUGUGCGAUGUUGUUUUUCGUUCGCCAAUAUGAGGCUACAAAGUAGUUGCAAAAUACAUUGAUUAGCUCAAAAAAAUCAAAGAUGAUUUUUUGAUUAGCUGAUUUUUAUAUCUUUUACUUUAUAAUAUCUUAGAAGAUAAUCAGCGAACUCUCCAUAAAAUAGACAAAACAAAAUAACUACGUUACAGCUGGCCUACAUGCCUAAAUUAAAAAAAAUUAAUUUUCAAAAUUCAGUACACAGCAAAAUCUAUGUUACCAUUAAUAACAAAAUAACAAGAUAAUAGCAACCGAAUAUAAAACACCAGCUUUUUGGAUAAAUGUAUAAGAUAAGAUUCGUACAGUUACUGAACAAACAAUAGAGCCGGAACAUAGCACGAAAAAUCAUCAGAAGCAGAAUGCAAUACUUGAAUGGUUCAGUUACACGAAUAGCGUAACGGCUGUUGAGGAUACAUCUAAUAAACGUCACAAAUGAUUCAAAUCAAGCGUCAAGUGUCCUGGCUUUUUUAUCUUCUCAGAGUCCAUAUGUGUUAAACAUCUUAGAAUCACCAAGAUAAAAAUCUUGUGUGGCUCAUUCUUGCAAGAUUUUCAGGUUAUUAUCAUAACAGAAAAGAAAUAGAGGGAAAAAGAAGAUAAUUAAUCAAACCAAGGACAUUUCGUUCGCGAAGUACAACAAGAAACGUCUUCGUUGAGAAAGUCGUCCAAGUCCUCACAAAAAAGUAACAAAAAUAUAUAUAUAUAUAUAUAUAUAAAUAUAUAAAUUAUAUGUAUACACUCCUGACAAAGCAGACAAUGAUCAAUUACUUGAGAAGAGAACAUUAAGGAGACAAAAAAGAAAUAUAACAGUGGGGAAAUAUCGACGACGAAGACGCAGGAAAUAAAUCAAUUAGUGAGCUGUUAACAGAUUGAAUUCUAAGGGAAGUAAAAGGAAGAGAAGAAAACUGCAAUUUAAAUCCAGUACGGCUAAAGUCCACGCGUUUAUAAAUAAACAAAAAAAAAUAAAUAUUGAAAUAUUACGUCUAAUAAUCUACAUCUAGUAUAUAUACAAACAUAUACAUAUAUAAAUAUAAUAAAUGAUAAGAACAAAAAAUAUAUAUGAUUAAUGUCUAAGGCGUAUAAAGAAAAUAAAUAACGAUUAUAAAGACGAAAGAGAAUAUUGAAAAAUUGUUUUAUGCAUUUGUAUAUAAUUAUUGAUGUUUUAAAGCUAAUAUAAUAUUGUAUUGUAAUUUGAUCACGAAACACAGAUAUACACACAGAAAACACAAGAGAAAAGAAUGCGUGAGAAAAAGUAAAAGUGGAUAAGCGCAAGGGGAGAAACAUAUAUAGUUUGUAGGACUCGUAGAGCGGCGCGGGCAGAUCUUCACUUCGCUGUUUUUUUACAAAGAAAAAUAAGAAUAAUAAAACAUAAAUUUAAAAAACUAUUAUUAAACUUGAGGAUAGAUAAGAGAAAAAUGAGGAUAACCGCUGACCGCCCUCGAAUUCUACUCUCCCUUGCGCAAAAAUAUACAUAUAUAAAUAUAUAUAUUACAGUAUAAAUAUAUAUAUAAAUAAAAAAGCCCAGUAUAUAAUUAUAUUGCAUAUACAAUGAAAGGCGAAACGAAGUAGGCAUUCAUUGGUAAACGAUCAUGCAGAACAAAAAAAUAGCAUGCGAGAUAAAUAUUACAAAACAGUAUAAUUUGGAACUUUAAUAAUUUUUCUACGUUAACCAUUUCUGCAGACGCGACGCAAGAACUGUGGAAGUGGCUUUUUCAAAAAUUAAACGAGAUCACGGGGGAUGAUAAAACGGAAAGUUAAAAUCGAUGUCUCAGAUAGGAAAAAAUAGAAAUAACAUAAAUCAGAAUUUCGAAGGCAUCAUUUUAGGGAAGUGAAGAGAAAGUUAAUUAUACGCAAAGAAAUGAAACGUCUUCACUACACUCAAUACUUUUUGUUCAGAUAUACAUCAUAAAAGUAAAAAGAAAAUCAAUAUUUCAUAAUGAUUAAGAAGAACUCAAGGGGCAAUAAAUAUAUCAUUUUUAGCGUCACGGCAAUUUUGAAAAUUAAUAAAAAAUGUGUACAUCCUGCACAGAAACGAUUCUGAUAUUUUGAAAUGUGUACAAAUAAAAAGAAAAAUACGUUUUUCAUUGACAUCUACUUACAUAAAAGAAGGUUAUACGCCAAGAACACAAAAAUAAAUAAAGAAGCAAUAUUAAAAACAUCAUCAUCGCAUGUAGUUGGAAAAAUGCCAAUCUUGCGUAUCCGUGAAUCAGUCAAUAUUAAUGAAAUUCGAUCUGUGCAGGAACAUUUAUUUUAAUAAAAGAAUCUCGAACACCUCGAUAAUAGAAAACAACAAAAAGAUAUAAUAAAGCGAGUACGAAAAUGCGCACACAUCACGUGCAAGUGAAGCAAUAUUAUAGCAGUUUUUUGGAGAUAAUUAUAAUUAUAAAAAUAUAAAAAACACUACGAAGCAGAAAUUUCUACAUAGGAGGCAAGGUGCAUUUAGAUAACAGGACAGAUAUAAUGAAUUCUGCUUGCACGCUCGAAGUUUAUAAGCACAAAAAGAUUUACAAAAAAUAAUUACAAGAGACUUGAAUCACGUAUAGUCGCGCUUUCGCAUCUAGCUGCUCUUACAAAAAACGAUAAGUAAAGGAAUUUUUCCUUCACACAAACAAAUUGGAUUAGUUAUAUAUAAAUAUAUAUAUAUAAUUAUAAAUAGUGGAAAUCUUAUUAAGUUAACGCAACAAGUCUGAAAUGUUACGUUUUCUUCGUAGAUUCUCGCUAUCAAGUCAAUAUUUAGUAAAAGAAAGCAAAAAAUAUUAAUAAACUAAGAAAAUAAUAAAAAUUAACGAAGAAAAGAGAUCAGCUUUGAUGUCUUGCCUCUUGAGUUUAAUUCCUCCGGGCCGCGUGGACUUGCAUAUAUAUAUACUUUCGCAUCAUCGAUCCAACGACGUCGAUCGCUCUCAAAGAUUAAAAAUAUAAAAAUUUUAUUGCGUAUAUACUCCUUGAAUCGAGUCCUACGUAAUAUUGCUAGGAAACGUCUAGUUUAGUUAAAAAAUAAAGAAGUAAAAGGAGGCAAGAAAAGAAUCUUUGAAUUUAAGCGAACAAUGCGACGUGUCAUGUGAGAUAUAUUACGUUCUUACUUAUUUGUUGUUUCGCCGAAUGCAAGACUGUGUAGAGAAAGAAACAUGUUAGCGACGAAGGAACAAAAUAAAGACGAUGUACUAGUGAAAGCUAUUAUAAAAGAUGAUACGAGAAGAAAUGAGAAAGCAGAGAGAAACAGUUAGUGCGAAAUUUGAACGAAACUGAAGGGGGGUGGAAACGUAGCUAGAUAGGUACUUUUUGACAAUUUGCAUGGCGCGUCGCCAAGAAGCAACAAUUUUAUUAUACUUUUAUGUCAAACAUCUUCAAUAUCACGAGGCGCGACAUAAAAGUUUCUGCAAGAAUAUUAUGCUACAUUAUUAAAAUACCUUAACAUCUAAGCUUAUGAGUAUGUUUUCUUUUUUGUUUUAUUUCUGUUGAACUAUUAUAUUAUUUAAUUAAUUUAGUAUUAAUAUUAGAUAAUGCUCUAUCAUUAUGAUUAUUGAUCUUUACUUACUAUUGAUGUACGUUUCUAUUAUAAUUAUUAUCAUCAUUAUCUCGUCAUUAUAUAAAAGUUUUUUAAUUAAGAUUUUUUCGUAUUCGUUAUUAAUUAAUUAUAUUAUCACGCCAAGUUUAUGCGUGUCCAAGAACUUUUGUGCUUUCGAUAUUUUUAUUGUUCCUCAAAUGGAAGAGGCGAAAGCCAGAGUAGAAAGCGAGAUAAUAUUAAGUUUUUAGGAAAUAAGAGGAAGAAUAUUUGGUGGAAGAAAACUUAUAAUGGUUCGAAUCGAAUAAAAUGUAUCUCUUUACAUUUAUUUGGAGCAAUUUCAAUAAAAGUCAUAUAGAUACAUGAAACGCAUCGUUUCAUUUAACUUUUUUCGUAUUUCUUGUUUUUACAUUUUAUUAAUUAACUUUGUAUGCAUAUUCAGUUGUAUUGAUGUAAUCUAUGUGGCAACGUUGGCAAAAAACAGCUUGUAUUUAUAUUUAAAAUAUUUACUGCUCCAAAUAACUUAAAGAAAAAACACCUAUGCAUAUAGACGAGAACUUGAUUUAUUGCAGAUGUUUUUCUUUUGUUUGUUUUUAAUGGCGAGCGGACGUAAUACGUAAAUACGCGUACAUGCAGUUUAGCGUAUAACGUCAUGCAAUAUGUACAUAUAACUACGUGGAUAAUGGAAGCAUGCACCAGGAAAAAGAGGGAAAAUGAUAGAUAGAUAGAAGAGUGACGAUAAAAAGAGAAAAGAAAGCGAUAUAAAUGAAAGAGAUAAAUAAAGGUGGAAAGGGUGAUAUAAUUUUCAGUGUUCGAAGAGAUAAACACAAAUACAGCAAGUUGACGCGUUUUUCCUGUGGAUACGCACCAACAACGCUGAUGCGUUCGAAAGGUCAUUAACGGAAUUUUACGUUCGCUUUUUUAUGAUUAUGCUUUUGUUCAUGCGCAAAGUUGACAAUGUCGUUGCAGAUAGCAGUAAAAAAAACAGAUUUUACGGUUGUUCUUUUUGUCCGCGAAGAUGCGCCAAGUAAAAAAAAAAUAAAAAUAUGCAAACCUCUUUAUAAAAGUACAAGUUAAAAUGAAUAACAAACAAUAAUUACGAAAGGGAUAAUUCUUAAGAACAUUUCUUGUCUUCAAAGAGGGUCUUUUAACGAAAAUUUAGUAGAAAAAACAUGUGUAUUUUGUAUUUCAAUAACAUUUACUUAAACCGAUGCCAAGUUACAUUCUAUCGACUUUUGCCUCAAUUUUCCUAUAAAUCACGACGGAUUUUUCAUACUUUGAUUACGAUCUUACAAUCUAACCACUAACUGAACUUUAUUACAUGCUAUAUCUAUGAUUACGUUGAUGUAUCUAUUUCUAAUAGAUAAUAUAAGCCAAAAAUUAUUUUCAUGUUGCUGUACUAAACUGAGGUAGCGUAAACUCAAGACAUUAGUUGACUUGAAAGAACAACAAGCUCAACAAACUUCUAUACAACUUACAUUUACACACAUAAAAAACGAUUUCUUCCAACAAUACUCAUUUUUGAAUAAAAGUUUUAUAAGGAAAUUUCGAUUCGAGCCAAUAACAGUGGGGGAUAGUGAUGGGGAAGAGUCGAUGAAAAUUGUUCACUAUUCGAGCGUAUCCAAACCAAAGCAAUACUAAUUUGUUAACUAUUUAAUUUCUAUUAUUUCUAGGUAAUCGAUCAUUUAUCGUUUUCGAUUGCGCGUGUAGGUAAUUAUAACGGAGAUAUUCGUUGUUGUAUUUUAAAUGAAGGAAUGGAUAAUUCGAAAGCCUAACGUAAAUUUAAUAGUCAAUUAAAAGAAAAAAAUAAAUAAAAAAAUGUACCGAUGGUCGAUGAAUGAUAAAUCGCAAGAGGAACCUUAAUAUCCCAAUCGCGUUAAAUUUCGCCUAACCGACAGAUUGGUUAUGACGAUGAUAAUCAAUGUUAUAAUCGAGAAUAACUCUUCGACGGAAUUUAAGUUCCUUUACUUUUGAUGUUUAACAUAUCAAAUUGAUCUAUGAGAUCUAAAAUUAUUUGUAAUGCGUAAGCAGCAAUCUGGUGGGUAUAGAAAAUUGAGAAAAUGAACAAUUAUUUUAUGCUUACGUUUACAUAUAAUUGAGCGAAUUGCACAAAAGGUUUCACAAGAUAAGUCGCAUGUUCCCUUUAGUUGAAUCUACUUACACAAAAUAAUAAAAUAUGUGCGUACGAAAACCAGGAGUUUGUUAAGUUUUUUAAAAUUAAGUGGAAGCGAAGAAUCAACUUCAGAGAGCGAAUAAUGUAAAUGUAAUAUGUAAGGUAUAGUAUCAGAGUUCUGAAAUCAAGUAUUCCAGCGCUUUAGUUAAAUCAAUGUGCGACGUAUAUGUUGUUUAUAAGUUGUAUAUUUGUUAAAAGAUUCGUUUAUGAAAUUCUACCUUAUUUUUUAUCUAUAUAAAAUACUGUAUGCAACGAUUCGCAUUUUCGAUUAAACCAUUUUCUUUUUAAUAAAAAGCAUUACUUCAUAAAUCAUUAACGGUCUAAAUAUUCUGAAAUAUAUAUGUAUGAAAAAUUCAUGUAUUAGAACUGAACCCAACAAAUAAUCAAUAAAAUGCAAAAGAAUGAAGUUGACAAAAUACAAUUCAAAUAGUAUAGAAGAGUAUUCUUUCGAUUACUUCUUCAAGGAACGGCAAAACAUGCUGCGAAAUUAGUUAAAAUAAAAAUGGAGUGCGUUGUGUUUUAAGCAGGCUUAGGAUUAAGGGAAAAUGAUCGCAAAAAAAAUAUAUAUAUAUAUAUAUAUAUGUCGAUUGGGAUAUACUCGAUGACACGGCACAGCGAGGAUACUUGCAAUAUAACAAGCAAUAAAUAGGCCGCUCUUAAUUCCAUUGUAUACUAAACGAUUAUGUGAAUGCUUAAAUGAGAUUAAUUGAAUUAAACACGAAGGAAACCAGAAAAUACCAAUUUUACAUCUUCUUACUAAUUGUAAUGAUACAAUACGUAUAGCGACAUAUUAAAAAGAAUUACACGAUUGUGUACUGCGAUUAAUGGAAAUAAUGAAAAAAAAACUAUACAUGAUGAAAAUAAAAAUCAAGUUUAACAAGCAAAGCAGAAGGUAAUCUACAUCUAAGUACGUAAAGUUUCAAUUUUACACUAAUGAUAAUAAUGACAUAGGUAUAAGCGAGUAUAUAAGAUACAAUGAUUUAUAAUAAUUAUAAUGCUGUACAGAAUAUUUAUGAAGAGGCCUGCCUUUUACAAGAUUGCCGAAAGAGAGUCGAUCGACGACAAUUAAAGCUUUAUCUGAUACCGCAAUUAUAUUACUUGGUGAACGAGAUGUUUUUUCGACUAUUAUUCAGCACCGUGUUUUCAAAUGUGUAUAUGGUAUGGUUACUAUAUGGAAGCGAAAAUAGAAAACCAAGAAAAGAAUUUUAAGAGCAAGAAACGUAAGUCACUAAUUGUUAUUCUCACGCUAAUCCGACUCUUUUAGAUUUUUUAAAUUCUAACGAUGGUAAAAGAGUAAAAACAGUAAUAAAAAUGAAAAUGCGAGACUUUUCUCAUUAUUUUUGAUGAGCGUCGUUUUUUAUCGGUGCGCGACUCUCAUUUUGAAAACCGUAGGCCAGACUAAUAGUGGAUGUUUUGUAAAAUAUUAAAAGAAAAUGAAAACAAAAACAGAGAAGCAAAUGCGGGCGAUAAAAUUAAAUUGAUUCCGCGCGCAAUAAGUACGCUAACGUCUGCGACUGUUUGUUUAUGAAAAGAUAGCGAACAAAAAAUAAUAAAACUAGGCACGAUGCAAGCACAAGUCGAGAUUGUCGGGCCAAGUCGUUUUUCAAAAUCAGAUCAAUUUGGGUGUCCGAGAGGAGUCUCGAACUCAAGCGAUGCGGCAUAAAUUAAUUGCGCGAGAUAAGAGAGACAGAAAGCUGGAAUGAGAGAGAUAUAGAGCGAAAGGCCGAGAAUGAAAGUGACUGAGUGAGAGAGCGUGCGAGGAAGAGAUCAAAAGCGUUAAAAAAAAUAAAGCGUUAAGCGAAGCCCUCAGAGAGAAUAUUAUAAAAUACAAAAAAACAAAAACAAAAUAAAACAACAAGUUUGACGCUGAGUUAGUCGCGAGCGAUGAGGGCCGUAAGUUUAAUUAAUUGUGUAUGUAUACAAACAAGAAAUAAAUAUAAUAUGGCGAUUAUAAAUAUGACACUAAUACAACAAAUAACAAUAUUGUACCCCUCUGUAAAUAUAAAUAUAUUAUAAUACAAUGAUUAUUACUAUAUGAUUUAUUAUAUAUAUACUAUACAUAUAAAAAAUAUAUAUAUCUAAUGAAUUCAUAUUAUUACGUUUAUUAUUGUUUUAAUUAAUAUUAUGAUUAUGAUUAUUAUAUUAUUAUCGCGAUGAUGAAGACGACACGACGACGACGAUGAUGAAUAUUAUUAUAAUUAUGAUAUUAUUAUUAAUAUUUAAGAAAAGGUUCACAACGUGCCGUGUGUAUGUGGGAAUAAAAUAUAUAAUAUAAUGGACAUUGUUCAAUUCAACCUGA